AUGAACUGGGCGUCCCUGCAGGGCCUUCUAACUGGGGUCAACAAGUACUCCACAGCACUGGGCCACAUCUGGCUGUCGGUGGUGUUCAUUUUCCGCGUGCUGGUCCACGUGGUGGCAGCAGAGAAGGUGUGGGGCAAUGAACAGAGGGACUUCAUCUGCAACACCAAGCAGCCGGGCUGCCCCAGCGUCUGCUAUAUGAGUCUUCCCAUGUCCCACGUGCGCCUCUGGGCUCUGCAGCUCAUCCUGGUCACGUGCCCCUCACUGCUCGUGGUCAUGCACGUGGCCUACCGCCAGGAGCAUGAGCGGCGGCACCGCCUGAAACAUGGGCCCAAUGCCCCGUCUCUGUAUGACAACCCGAGCAAGAAGCGGGGUGGGCUCUGGUGGACGUACUUGCUGAGUCUCAUCUUCAAGGCCGCCAUCAACUCUGGCUUCCUCUACCUCUUCCACCAUCUCUACCAGGGUUACGACAUGCCCCGCGUGGUGGCCUGCUCCCAGUCACCCUGCCCCCACACCGUGGACUGCUACAUCUCCCGGCCCACAGAGAAGAAGGUCUUCACCUACUUCAUGGUGGCCACGUCUGUGCUCUGCAUCCUGCUCAGCCUCAAUGAGGCCACCUACCUGGUGGGCAAGAAGUGCUUGGAGACCCUUGGCCCCAGGUGCCAGCAGUCUCAGCCCCAGGGUCACCUUCCCAGUGCACACCCACUGUAUGCCUUCUCACGGGAAAAUCACUCUCAGUAUGGGAACUCAGUGCUCACGAAGGCUGGGCCGGCCACAGUGGAUGCAGGUGGGUACCCAUAA